UCAUUUCCUUUCGCCUUAGUUUCGCGGCAACGCCUCUCCACUCUUUUUCUCUCUGUCUCUAACUUUCUCUAUCUAAAUCACUUUCUCUCUCUGUAAAAGCCUCUCCGAGCAUCACCUUCUCUCUCUCUCUCUCUCUCUUCAAAAAGCCUUGUCUUUCUGCUCCUCUCUCUAAAAUGGUUCAAUUUGGAUUCCGGUGAAACCCUACGACGACCGGCGAGGGCUUCCGAUCUGUGAUUCUAGGGUUUGGAAAGGUUUAGUUGUUGCAUUUCAAUGGCUCCAACGAAAAAACCUCGAGUAAAUAAGCGGUAUGCCGGUAUAAGUUGGUAUUCGCCUGUUAAAGAUGUUGGGAACCCGAGCAAAAGCAAGCAACGGGCUUUAGUUUCAGUUUCUCCUGAGAAAGAUGGCGGGAACUCAAACAAGCCCAGUCAACGAAAGAAAAAACUAUCAGAUAAGUUGGGACCUCAGUGGAGCAAGGAAGAGCUUGAGCGCUUUUAUGAUGCAUAUCGGAUGUAUGGGAAAGACUGGAAGAAGGUCGCUGCUGUAGUGCGCAACAGAAGCGUUGAAAUGGUAGACGCUCUUUACAGUAUGAACCGGGCAUACUUGUCAUUGCCAGAGGGGACAGCUUCUGUAAUUGGCCUUAUAGCAAUGAUGACAGAUCACUAUAAUGUUCUGGAAUCGAGUGAUAAUGAGCAAGAGAGCAAUGAUGCUUCAGGACUUUCUCGGAGACCUCAGAAACGCAAGCGUGGCAGGGAUCAAGUUAGCACCUCAAAAGAUGUUUUCAAGUCUUAUUCAUCCGCCGAUGGAUGCCUAUCACUGCUAAAAAGGAAACGGUCUGAUGGUAGUCAGCCUCGCGCAGUUGGGAAGAGGACACCACGUUUCCCUGUAUCAUAUUCUCAUAAGAAAGAUUUUGGGGAAAAUUAUGAUUCACCACUUAAGAGGAAUCGAAAGUCAGAUCAUGAUAAUGAGGACGAUGUUUUACAUGUGGCAGCACUGGCGUUGACUGAGGCUGCUCAAAGAGUAGGUUCUCCUCAAGUUUCCACACCAUACAAAAGACAAGAACACCAUCCACAAUCUGAGUUAGAAGGUAGUGUUGGAAGUAGGGGAGCUGAAAAUGGAGAUUAUGCAAAAGAUACUAGCUCCUUGGUGGAUAUGGAAGGUGUCGGUACAGUUGAGGUUCAUCGGAAGGGGAAGAAGUUUUACAGAAAGAAAGAGAAAGUUGAAGACGAUGAUGGUGGAGAGGCAUGUAGUGGGACAGAAGAGGGGGUUAAUGUCAGCAGUCUGAAAGGAAAAGCUGACGCUGAAGUUUCAAACAUAAAAGCUGAGCGAGUUUCCCCACAAGUUCAACGAAAGAGAAGCAAGAAACUAUUUUUCGGAGAUGAAAGCUCUGAAUUUGAUGCUUUGCAAGCACUGGCUGAUUUGUCACUGAUGAUGCCACCAUGCACAAUGGAAUCUGAAUCAUCUGUUCAGUUGAAGGAAGAAAAAACAACUCUUGAUGUGAAAGAUAAAUUCAGUCUACCUGAAGACACAUCUACAAGCCAAGUUAGAAGCAGAAAUAAACUCUUGUCUGCAAAACAAAAGGGAACCUAUGCAAUUUCUGGAGUUGAGGGUACCAGUUCCAAAAAAUCCAAACUUGGAAGGGACUCAAAAGUUGAUAUUAAUACUAUAUCAACAUUGGAACAACAGCCUCGUUCUGACGCCAAAGCAUGGAAAAGGAAGCGCAAGUCCUUGGUACCAAAGGUAUCAAGUGCUGAAGCUCAUUUGGAUUCUCGUGCGAGUGAAGCUGUAAAGACUGAGGUCACUUGUGAAGAAGAGAGUAAACCAGUGAUUAAGGGAAAACGCAGUAGCCAAUCCUCUACUCCUUCCAAGCAAUGGAAAUCCGUUAGAUCGUCAGCUGAAGGUUCUUUAAAUAGCGAUUACAUAAGAACUGGAACUAGAACUGAUCCUUUGGUAUCAUCUAUCCAAGUUCCUACUGCAAGCAAAGUUAACUUACCGAUCAAACAAAAAAGUAGACGAAAAAUGUAUAUACCCCAAACAUUUUUCCCCAAGGAGAUCAAGUUUUCUGAGCAUAGAGUAAAAGGGAAGGUCAACAAGCAUUCCACUUCAACAAAGGAAAAGCUUUCUUGUUGCCUAUCAUCAUAUUUGGUGCGUAGAUGGGUCGCAUUUGAGUGGUUUUAUAGUGCAAUAGAUUACCCUUGGUUUGCCAAGAGGGAGUUUGAGGAGUACUUAAACCAUGUUGGAUUGGGGCACAUCCCAAGGCUAACUCGUGUUGAGUGGGGUGUAAUUAGAAGUUCCCUUGGUAAACCCCGGAGGUUUUCUGAACAUUUUCUUCAUGAAGAAAGGGAGAAACUUAAACAAUAUCGAGAAUCUGUAAGAGAACAUUAUACCGAACUUCGUACUGGUGUGAGAGAAGGUCUCCCCACAGAUUUAGCAAGACCUUUGACAGUUGGACAACGAGUCAUUGCUCUUCAUCCCAGAACAAGAGAAAUUCAUGAUGGAAGUGUGCUUACAGUCGAUCAUGAUAGGUGCAGGGUUCAAUUUGACCGUCCUGAGAUAGGCGUUGAAUUUGUCAUGGAUGUGGAUUGCAUGCCUUUAAACCCAUUGGAAAAUAUGCCAGAAACUCUAAGGCGACAGAAUAUUGGUGGCCACAAAUUUCCCUUUAUAUCUAAUGAGCCACAAAUGAAUGGCAAUCUUAACUUUGGAGGGCCCAUGAUGUUUGCUUCAGGUGGGCAUCCGGAGAAAGCACAGAGACCCAUGAAUACCUUGGGAAAGCAUGGAAAGGGAGAUGCAACCCAUGCCAUUUCACAAUUGAAGGCAGCAGCGGUCGAUAUUGUGAGCACACAACCAAUAGCCUAUAGUCAGUCUUUUGCUGUGGCAAAUAACCAAGCACGGGAAGCUGAUAUACGAGCUAUUUAUGAGCUGACCCGUGCCCUUGACAAAAAGGAAGCAUUGUUGAUGGAGCUUAGAAAAACAAAUAAUGAAAUAUUGGAGAACCAGAAUAGUGGAGACUACUCUUUAAAAAACUCUGAACCUUUUAAGAAGCAUUAUGCAACGGUUUCUUCAGCUUUGCUUGAUUUGAGGCAACGUAAUAGUUACCGUGGAAAUGCUUUGCUCCCUUGGCUGAAGGCCCCUGCCAAUAUCGGUGUCCACAGUGUCCUUCCAGGUUCACUUGAUAGUUUUUCCAUUCCUCAAGAUUCAGGAUCUAGCGUCAUUGAAAUUGUUAAAGGAUCAACAGUUAAAGCACAAGCGAUGGUUGAUGCUGCUAUUCAGGCAUUUUCAUCAAGAGGGGAGGGAGAAGAUGCUUAUGCAAAGAUUAGGGAAGCCCUAGACUCUAUGGACAACUCAUUGACAUCAGAUUCCAGAGUAUCAAUGAAUAGGACACAGGACCAGGUCAAUGGCAAUUUGGGGCAUCGCAAUCAGCAGCUUUCUUCUACAUCUGAGCCAGUCCACGCUGUUGAUUCAUCUGCUCUGAAUUCACGUACGGAUUCUGAAAAAAAUGAGGCACAAGUCCCGUCAGAGGUCAUUACAUCGUGUGUUGCUACUUUGCUUAUGAUACAGACAUGUACUGAACGGCAAUAUCCUCCAGCGGACGUGGCUCAGAUAUUAGAUUCCGCGGUCACAAGUUUGCAUCCGUGCUGUCCACAAAAUCUUCAAAUAUACAGAGAAAUACAAACGUACAUGGGUAGAAUCAAGACCCAAAUAUUAGCACUUGUGCCAACUUGAGUAUGAUGUGCUUGCUUCCUUUCAUUCUCGGGAAUCAGCUUACUCUCAAAAGCUAUUCUAAAUCGAGCACGAACUAACUAGCAAUUACAUGACGUAAUUGGGCCGAUCGAACAUGAUUAAUGAGAGGUUCUUGUUAAGACUAGUAGAACUUGAAAGCAAGUUCAUGCAAAUAUACUGGUGGAACCUUGAUCAGUCUCAACUUGGAAGCUCCAAUCCCGCAUUUUUAAGUUGUAAUUUAUUUGUGCGUUAGGCAAACAGGAAACGGCCAUCAAACUGGUUCCGACGUAAUUGUAAUUUUCCGUGUUGUAUUUAGAUUAUUCUGAUCUGUAGUGGUCAGUAUGCUCAGAAAUAAAUUUUGACUUGUAGCAAUUU